UUAUAGCAAGACUGCAGCGGGCAUUCUGACACUGGGGGGAACUGACUUGGUGUCACUUACAUUCCCAGUGACACCAAUACAGUGAUCAGUGCUAAUAAAAACCACUGACACUGUACUAAUGGCACUGGGCAGGAAGGGGUUAACAUGGGGGUGAUCAAAGGGUUAACUGUGUGCUGUUUUACUGCAAGCUGGGGGGCUGUGUCAGUGUACAUUACUGCAAUCACAUUGCUCUGGAUGGCUGUGCUGUGCACAGCCAUCCAGAGCAGUGUGCCAUGAGCUGACAGGGAGGAGGACUGUCAGUAAACAA